AUGUUAAAUUGUGAUAGUCCUUAAUGUUUAACUCCAACAGAUACAAAGAAAUUAGAAGUCAAAUUAAAAGUUCCUGAUGAACUUUUCAAUUAUACUCCUUUGGAAUAACUUUCAAUUCCUAAAAAUAAAAAAAUUAGAUAAUCAUUCUCGAAAUUCCUUUGUGGAAAUAUAAAUGAAAAAGAAUUUGUGAAAUUUAAAUGUUUUCCUUAACAUUAAGAUUAAGGAAUUUAAAUAGUGAAUAAAACUAGGAAUAGACAUCAAGACUUUACAUUAUAAUUAAAAAAAUAAGCAGCAAUUGAAAAAGCUAAACAAAGAUGGCAUAAAUUAGCAGAAGUAUUGUUAAUUGAAUUAUAGAGGUGAUUCGCUAAAAUAUAUAGUUAAGAAAAUAGAUUGAUACAAAUUAUUAAUCUAAAAUAAUUAGUAGGAUAGAAUUAGGACUUAAAAUAUAGAAUUAAUAAUCUCAUUAAUAAAUAAUCCCAGAUGAUCUUAAAAAUCAUUAAUUAAGAACAAUGACUAUAAUCAAAGAAAAACAAAUAAUAUAAAAUUCAUCUAGCUUUGUAACUCCAAAACAUUAUCAUUAUACUCUUUAAGGUUUUUUAUAAAAAUAAUCAGAUGAAUACUUAUAUAUUUAUCAUCAAAAUCUCCCUAAUACUGCUAAAUUGACAGAUCAAUAAUAUAAUUAAUUAUUAAUUACUUAUUUAAAUAAAAAAUAAUUAUUUGAGAAUUACUAAGAAGAAAUAAAAUAAAGAAAAAUUAUAAAAUGGAGAUCUAAAAAUAGUAAGAGCACAUUUUACAGUUCUAAUAUGAGUUCUAAAUCAUUUGGAUUAAAUGUUAGUUAACCUAUGUAAAGAUUAUCAAAUCCUCUUUAUUCAUAGUAAUAGUAACGAAAAAAGGAACAUUAAUUAAUUAAUAAAAUUAAUGAUAUUGCUAAUCCAAAAAUGGUUAGUAGUGUUAAAUCAAAAAAGUAUUUUAGAAAACAAUAAAUUAAUUCCAAACUUAAUGGAGUUGUUAAACAUAAUAGAAUUUUAUCAUUUAAUUUUAUGGAAAAGGAAGAAGAUGAUGUAUUAGAUUUAUCAAAUGCUUCAAUAACUGAAGCUUUAUUAGAUUAAUUGUAUUUAGGUUCACAAAAAUUAUAAAAUAAAUUAAAAUAAUAACCUACUGUCCAAAAAAAAGUUAGAGAUAUACUUAGAUUAUAAGAGAUGAAAGCUAAUACAAUUAAUGCAAAUUAUUAAAAAUUGAAUAAGUACUAGUAACAACAUUAGUGA